AUCUCCGACUCGGAGCUUCUGGCUAUGUAGGAAAUGACAAUUCUACACUCCUAAAACCUAGAGAACUUCAAACCCGAAACUCCACACAGAGCUCUCUUCGAAACAAAGCAAAAACCCUAAACCAUGUACGGAGGUGACGAGGUAUCUGCCAUAGUGCUUGACUUGGGCUCCCACACCUGCAAAGCCGGUUAUGCGGGUGAAGAUGCACCGAAGGCUGUCUUCCCGUCUGUUGUUGGAGCAAUCGAUCAAAUGGAUGUUGAGGAUACUGAAAAUAAUGCCGCUUCUGCCGAUUCUAAGAGUAAUGCGAAUCCGCUUGAUUCUGAAAAAGGGAAAGGAAAACGCAAAUUAUAUGUGGGCUCUCAAACUUUAGGAUUUCACCGGGACAAUAUGGAGGUGCUCUCACCUUUAAAGGAUGGAAUUGUUGUUGACUGGGAUAUGGUGGACAGCAUAUGGGACCAUGCUUUCAGGGAAUGUCUAUUGAUUGAUCCUAAGGAGCACCCAUUGCUACUUGCAGAACCAUCCUCUAAUAUUCAACUGCAGAGGGAAAGGACAGCAGAGCUUAUGUUUGAGAAGUAUCAAGUUCCUGCAUUAUUUUUGGCAAAGAAUGCUGUUCUCACGUCUUUUGCAUCAGGACGUGCUACCUCACUAGUUGUUGACAGUGGUGGAGGAUCGACUACAGUUGCCCCAGUACACGAUGGUUAUGUUAUUCAAAAGGCAGUGGCAUCUUCCCCUAUUGGAGGAGAAUUUCUGACUGAUUGCUUGAUGAAAAGCUUGGAAAGCAAAGGUUUAACGAUAAAACCCAGAUACUCAUUUAAAAGAAAGGAAAUACGGCCAGGCGAGUUUCAGACAGUAGAUGUUGAUUUUCCAAAUACAACAAAAAGCUACAAGCUCUAUUGCCAGAGAAUAAUUGCUAGUGAUAUUAAGGAAUGCGUGUGUCGUGCCCCUGAUACUCCCUAUGAUGAAGCUGCAUAUUUGAACAUUCCUAUGACCUCAUACGAGCUUCCCGAUGGCCAAACCAUUGAAAUCGGAGCUGACAGAUUCAAGAUUCCUGAUAUCCUGUUCAAUCCUUCAUUGGCUCAGACAAUUCCUGGUAUGGAAAGUUUUGCAGAGGUUGCUCCUUCUGUUCGUGGUUUGCCGCAGAUGGUUAUAGAAAGCAUUAAUAGGUGCGAUGUGGAUAUUCGAAGAGAAUUAUUUAGUAGUAUACUGCUUGCUGGUGGCACAGCAUCAAUGCAACAGUUGAAGGAAAGACUUGAAAAGGAUCUGCUAGAGGAAUCCCCUCAAGCUGCUAGGGUUAAAGUAUUGGCAAGUGGUAACUCGACGGAACGGAGAUUCAGUGUUUGGAUUGGCGGGAGUAUCUUGGCAUCCCUUGGUUCAUUUCAGCAAAUGUGGUUCUCCAAAUCAGAGUAUGAAGAGCACGGGCCGUCUUACAUACAGCGAAAAUGCCCUUAAGGCCUUGACUUAAAAGUUAGAUGUAACAUGAACAAAUAGAUGAUUCUGUGGAACCUGUAAAUCAUAGAGAGCAGCUUACUCCUGUCCCCCAAGACAGUAUUGAGCCAUCCCUGGCUUUGUGUACUAUUUAGGUAUCAAGUAACAUUUGCAUUCUUUAACAUGUUUCAUUCACAGCUUACAACACUUUCAGCGUUGUAGAUUAAUACCCAUU